CUCCAGCACAAAGCUCCUGUUUCUCUUGUUCUGUGUGAGCCAGCACUGUAUGCCAUGGAUUGGUCCAAUCGACCCUGUGUGAGGUGUGGGAGCCCAGAGCCAGGAAAAGAUGACAGCACUUUGCUGCAAAUGGCUGCUGAACAGGGGCACGUCCAUUGCUUACAGUGGUUACUUGAAAGGGGAGCUGACUGUUACAUUACAGAUGAUGCUGGAGAGACUCCAAAGGAUGUGGCCAAGAGAUUUGCCCAGCUGGCAGCUGUAGAACUUUUGACACGAAGAACUGGAGACAGUAACUCCAGUGAUGAAGAGCUAGAUGCAAACAAUGCAAAAUUUUUUGAAAGACAUGGUGUGGAAGGGAGUACGGAUAGCAAAGAAGAUUUAAUCCUGAGCAAAGCAGAGAAAAGGAACGCACGCAUAAGGGCCUAUCGCAAGAUUCAAGAACUUCAGCAUCUUCUAGAAAUUGCCUACGGCAACUACAGACAACUGGGAGGAAUAACGGAGGAGGAGAAGAAGAUGAAAAAAGAACAAAGGGAUGUUGAGAAGGCUGUGAAGGAGCUGGAGGCUCAGCUGGAAUUCGAGCGAGUCAGGCGGGAGAAGCUGGAGAGCCAGCUGGAUGACUACCGUGCUGAGAUAAGCCACCUGAGAGAGAGACUGGAGGAAACCUGCAAGCCACCUGCAGCCCUGAAAACUGAAACUAUCUCCAAUCCUCACAAAGAGAAAAAGAAAGUAAAGAAGAAACCAGCCUGCAACUCUGGCAGAGUGUUUGUUUGUGAGACCGCGCUGAGGACUGAACAUCAGACAAGGGGCUGGAAGACCUGAGGAGGUAGUGGCAAUAUUUUACACCGUGCAAAGUGUUUGCGAAGCCCAGUUCCACAGAUGUGCUGUGGUUCACUGAAUUUCAUUGAACUACUCUCCUAGUUUUCUGGCAUAGAAUAUACUGUUAGAUCACUGCAGCAGCAUAAAAAACAAACCAAAACAACAAAAAUAAAAAAAAAAUAAAUAAUAAAAAAACCCUACACUGUCAGACUUCUGUUCCUGUCCAGGUAGUAGUUAACAGUUUUACAAACUGUAGCAUUUGAGAGAAAACUGCAGCCAUGUCAUGGGACCUCAGUCAGACGCAGCAGCCAUGUCAUGAGAGAAAACUGCAGCCAUGUCAUGGGACCUCAGUCAGACGCAGCAACAUGGUCCUGAAGCAGUGUCUGGGGCAAGUACUUGCUGAACUGCGGGGCCAGGUGCCAGGCCCCUCACUUUCCACCUUCAAGCCAUUCCUAAAUAAGCCCUGAAGCUAUUCCUUUGUGAGGUGCCAGAUAAACUGCAGCGGUGGGCCCCCGACUCUAAAUCAAGGCUGAGGAUGUCACUAGGUUACAGGGCAUGUUGUGGUUAGAAAUAGCAAUCCUGACAUCCCUGCCUAAAAAAACAUUUAAUGGCUUUACAUAUAAUACAGAUUUUUUUCUCUUAUCUGCAUGCUAUUGUGAAGUU